CAGUACCUCUAGCCGCCAGCGGAGGCCGCUUGUCCUCGGUGUUUCCCAGCACUUGCGGCCGCGAUGGGUGAGACGGAGGCCGGGGAUAAUGCCGCGGAGAGACCGGAUCCGGCCCCCGAACCCACCGCCGAGGAGCCGGUGCUGUGGAGCCCCGAGGUCGAGGUGUGUCUAUUCCACGCGAUGCUCGGCCACAAACCGGUCGGUAAGUGGAGGCCGCAGGUUAUCCCCGGCCUGGAGUAAACUGAGCAGCCGGUAGAGGGGUGGGGGUCUGCGGCAGCUCCGUGCGGCCUCUCCGGGGGCCUCCAGAGGGAACCAGGAAAAUCAUAAUAAUCAUAAUAAUAAAUAAUAAAUAAUAUAAUUAAAAAAUAAUUAAUAAUAACUAAUAUAAUAAUAAUCAUAAUAUAAUAAUAAAUAAUAUAAUAAUAUAAUAAUUAAUAAUAAAAAAUAUAUAAUAAUCAUCUUACUGCAAUAUAUCCACAGUAUUAUUAUUACUGUGAAUAUUAUAUUGUUGUAUUAUUACUAUGAUUAUUUGAUUGUAUUAUUACUGUGAAUAUUAUAUUGUUGUAUUAUUACUGUGAAUAUUAUAUUGUUGUAUUAUUACUGUGAUUAUUAUAUUGUUAGUGCCUUGUUUCACGUUCCCAGGUAAUAAUGCCAUUUAGCGCUGCCAGCCCCCAUAGCGUACCCUGGACAGGUAUUGAUGGACAUGACAUGUGUUUAUCUAUCUUAUUAUCUGGGAAUGUGAAAUUAAGUAUUUAUAAUUAGGAUUCUGACUCCUCAUUUUAUGCUAUUACCAAGAACGUGAGGAGUCUGCAUGCCAUCUCAUCUUGGUUUUUUUUUUUCCAGGUGUGAAUCGGCAUUUUCACAUGAUCUGUAUCCGGGACAAGUUCAGCCAGAACAUCGGGCGCCAGAUCUCAUCCAAGGUGAUUUGGGAUCAUCUGCGCAGUAUGUACGACAUGCAGGCUCUGGUGAGUCCGCCAUAAUAUAUCUUUAACAUCCAGAACAAACACACAGAGAAUCAGGGAUAUACUGUAAGGUCAUGAUCAGGGCUGCAUACCACACACCACGGGUUUAUUCACUAAGGUACUAAUUGUGAGGUUGACUUGUGUACUACUUGAUUCUGGCCUUACAUUCAGUAUGUUACCAAGUCCUGUAGAUUCCAUCUUAAAAACAUUGCCCACAUACGCCCCUUUCUUACACAAGAUGCUACCAAGGAGCUUGUUCAUGCUCUAGUAAUUUCCCGCAUUGGUUAUUGUAACCCUCUCCUAAUCUUCCAAAAAGCCGUAUUGCCCUGUUACAGUCUGUAAUGAAUGCUGCCGCCAGACUGAUUUUCCUCUCUAGUCGGUCCUCUCACACUUCACCCCUCUGUCAGUCCUUACAUUGGCUUCCUGUAUCGUAUAGGAGUCAAUUCAAAGUGCUAACCCAUACUUAUAAAGCAUUGACCAAUUCUAGCCCCUCUUAUAUCUCUUCACAGAUCCAUAGAUAUGCCCCUUCUCAGUCUCUCCGCUCUGCCUGUGAUCUUCUCCUGUCCACUGCUCGCACCCGUACGGCAUUCACGCUUGCAGGACUUCUCGCGGGUGGCUCCCUUCCUAUGGAAUAGCCUGCCUACCGCCAUCAGACUCUCCCCCAGUCUUCAAUCGUUUAGGAAGUGCUUUAAAACCCAUCUCUUUAGGAGAGCUUAUGGCCUCCCACGGAGGCAUAACUAGAAACCACCCUAUACGUCUACCCUCCCCCUCCCAUAUGUUGCCCCCACACACAUGCAGACAAACAGAUACACGCAUACAGAGAACACACAAACAUACACACACACAAAAUAUUUUAGUCACCCUGCUGUUUCCUACCUUUUAGGUGCAGGAGGGUGACUUCCCUGGGGUCCAGUGGUGGCUCAGCCUGAUGGGAGUCAGAGUUCCCAUUCGGACUCCUUCCUCCUGCGCAGCACUCUAAUUGCUGGGAGGAGUGACCAGGGCAGUCACUUCCUCCCAGCUCUGUCUCAUGUCAUCUCAGGGGGCCCGGUCACGCUGUUAAAGCGCCACAGAGUUGACUGGGCCCCCUAGAAAUGCAUAGCAUUGAGUAGCCCUAACAGCAUGGGCCACCUGAUGGGACCCUGAACAUACGCCCCCGGCGUGUCUACCGCGCGGCCGGGGCCACAUCACAUGGCAGGGGGGCACUGCAGUUGCGGUAGUUCCACCACUGGCCUCCCAGAGUAACCUCUACCUCACAUACUUGUCUCAUGCUCUCUCCUAAAGGGCAGCACUCUACUCUCUCCUCCAGUUCUGCUUCACUGCCACCUUGUUUGAUUGCUAUUUCCUGUCCUAAUGUGUUUUAUACCCCACAUCCUAUAGGCAGUAAGCUCGUUUGAGCAGGGUCCUAUUCAGCCUAUCGUUCCUGUAAGUUUUCUUCUAAUUGUCCUAUUUAUAGUUAAAUCCCCCCUCUCAUAAUAUUGUAAAGCGCUACGGAAUCUGUUGACGCUAUAUAAAUGGUGAUAAUAAUCAAACAAUGACAAAGUGUUACAAGAUUGUACUGACAGAUCCAAUAAAGUUAAACUACCCAACAUGUAGCCAUUCAGAAUCUGGCAAAACUAAGACUUAAAUAGUCAAACUGUGACAGGAGCUGAGUUGGAAAAAGUUGGUAAAAAUGCUGGAUCAAUUAUUUUAAGAUGAAUUUUCCAUGAACAUUUCAUUGUGGAGAUUUGUGAAUUCGUUUCUUUGAGGACGCAGGGUCGUUGAGGUGGUUUCGGGUAGGUUUACAGCGGGCUUUAGGGGUCGGUAAAGUGCAGAGUGUGAUCAUUAUUUAUGUUGCAGGAGUUUUCUGAGAACCAACAUAAUGCAAACUGGGUUGUUUUAAGUGUUUUUAUUGUGAGGUUUUUAUUUUGCAGCAUGAAUCUGAGAUUCUCCCUUUUCCAAAUUCGGAAAAGAACUUUAUUCUCCCUGAGGACAUAAUCCAGGAGGUAAAAGAAGGUGAGAGCACAUUGACGUCAAGCCGUAGCAGAAAGGAACAUUUCUUUCAGAUCUGGUUUGAAAGAUGCUGUUCACUACAUUUUCACUUUAAAGGAAAACUGUCCCUAUUAAAUUUGAGCUUAAACUUCCAUCUAUACAUUGCACUAGCAGUUUUACAAGCAAUGCGUAGAUUUGGAAGAGCAGUUAAGGCAUGACAGUUUCCCUUUAACUACGGAGAUAAGGAUCUCCGUCCCAAGAAUCUGGCUCUGAUACAGACUUUUUUUUUUUUCAGGUAAAGUGACAUCAGAGGAAGAAAUCAAAGAGGAAAUAAAGGAAGAGGUGGAUAUGCACACAGGCUCCGACGAAGGUAGGACACCCACACCAGCCCCGUCCAUUCCGUCCGUCCACCCACACCGGCCCCGUCCAUUCCGUCCGUCCACCCACACCGGCCCCGUCCAUUCCGUCCGUCCACCCACACCGGCCCCGUCCAUUCUGUCCGUCCAUUCUGUCUAUCAAUCCAUAUACAUCAUGUAGGGAUCAACCAAUAUUUCUUUAAGAGUCGAUAAUUGGUACUGAUAUUCCGUUCAUUACUGGGGAGGAACCCAGGCAGCCACACAGAAACAGCUGGCAGUGUAGAGCCUGGAAACAGCUCCCAUCAUCCUCAGGCACCCACUAGGAAUGAUCAGAAGACCCCCAGCAAUAUUGGGACCCCCAGCAAUAUUGUACAUAUUGCCAGUGGUGAAAUAACGGUUGGAAGGGGACAGUCCGGCACGGGUGCCACUUACAUUAAAGAGGGGACGGCUGGGACCCAGCACACGCUUUUUCUUUUUUUAAAUCCUUAUUCAUGUUAAAGGAACACUCCAAGCACCAUAACUACUAUAGUACACUGCAGUGGUUAUGGUGGAAUAAUCCCUGCACUCCAAGGCUUAGCACAGACAGAGCCUUCAGCUCUCUGGGUGUGAAUGACACGUGACGCCUACACAGUAAGACGUCAAUCCAUUCUAAAACCGUUAGUUUGACUUACAAUGGGAGGUUAGCAGGGUACUCCUGGCACCAUAACUACUGCAGCAUACUGUUGGUAUUAUAGUGCUUGGAGUGUUCCUUUAAAGGGCCACUAUAAGCCCCUGCAGUCUCACUGCUUAAUGAUCUGCCAUUUAGGAGAUAAAUCACUUUGUUUAUGCAGCCCUAGUUACACCUCCCUACAAGUGACUUACAAAGCCUUCCUAUACACAAAAGAGAUCUAAUGUUUAAACUUCCUUUAUUGAAAAUUUUGUUUAAUUUAAAAUUAAUCUCCUGCUUUGUUAAUUGCAUGCAGGAGCCUUAUGUGUGUGGUUCAAGUUUAAUUAACAAAGCAGGAGAUAGAACUUCAAAAGUAAAUACAGUGUGCUGUAAGAUCAGGUUGAACAUUUGCAAAAAUUCCAUGUAGAUUGUGUGCGUCACAGCUAGGGAGCUAGGACUGUAUAAACAAAAAAAAGUGAUUUAACUCCUAAAUGGCAGAGCAUUGAGCAGUGAGACUGCAGUUGCAUGAUCUAUACACUAAACCGCUUCAUUAAGAUAAAGUAUGCUUAUAAUGUCAUUUUUAAGGAUCGUUUUUUGUAUAAGGUUUUGGAUGAGAGUGUGCGAUCACUAUUUCCUGUUGUCACUGUCCCCUGAACCAUCUUUGAUCAGAAUAUUUGUAUGCAAUACGUUUAGCUUGUAUUUAUGUUCUGAUUCCACUGUAACCAUUUCCACCAUUUGUCUUUUCCCUGUCAAAUAAUGCAUUUCGUUUUUAAAAUGCCUGAUUUUCCUUUUCUAUACAGCUUUCACCAAUUCCUCUGGAAAUACAGCAAAAGGUACGGACAAACCAAGCGUCAAAGAGAAGGAAAGAACGUUGUCUGAAUCGGGCACCAAGGAAUCCGGGGACAAGAGGAAAAGGAGCCGACUGACGGAAAAAGUCCUAAAUGCCAACAGCAACCCAUCCAGCCCAAACGCCAACAAGAGGAGGCGCACAUAGUGUGUCGUGUGAUGGCUGCGAUGGGCUUGUGUAUGGUCUCUCUGGGUUUCCAAUGUUCCACUCAAACAAAAAUCUCAGGUUCUUGGUGAUAGCAAGCAGUCUGAGCAAGUUGACUGUCUCCAUGGCGAUGUAGUAAAUCUCACGGCACGCGGUUUUCAAUCAGAUGCUCUGGCUGCACCUGCAAUCCUUGUGGUCAUGAUUUUUAAUGAGCCUGUUUUAUGAAUGUGCUAAUUGUCUGUGCCAGGCACUGGGAGUCAGGGACGGUUGGAUGAGAUUUCACCCUGCGAGAUGUGUUGUAGGCUAGCAUAGCAUGUAGAACGUGUAUCAUGGCUGCUCUGUCCACGUGUUACUUGCCACGUUACAGUUAGUUUCCUCAGCACGGUCAUUGCUAUGGAAGUGUUUACGGGUUGGAUUGUGUCCUUUUACAUUCAGGGGAGUGUUGUUGAAACAAGAUGUGACAUAUAAACUCACGGAAAUGCAAGCCUGGGCAUUCCUCAGGCAGUGCUGUCUGUAUGCCAUACCUAGACUGGCACUCAUGCCAUGUAACUGAAAAUUUAAGAGAAGUAAAAGCACAAUCCAUGGGUAACGUCUAGUUAGCUAUUAACUUGUUCCAAUUCACUACGAAACCUGUACGUGAGCAUUUUACAUUGCGACCUGUUUGUUGCAACUUAUUUAAUUCUGUUUUUAAUGAUAUUUUAAGCUUUUGUAUAUAAAGUGUUGUUCUACUCCAGUGUUGAUUUAUUUUGUUCUGUAGAGAAGGAUCUGUAGAAUAAGGAUAAAUACUGUAUAAAGAGCAGUAAAUGUGAAUUGUAAGCAGCACUGGCCGAGUCUGCUGAAAUGGAGGACACCAACCGAUAGAAAAUCGUAAUCCCUCUCAGGAAUGCAAUCAAAUGUUAUUAAUUAACAGCUUCAAAAGGAAUAUCUCUAAACAGGAAAAAAGCUCAAGCAAUCAAUGAUUGUAGCUCUGAGUUCCUGCGUGGGAGCCUCCCUUCAACUAUUACUCUGGUGAUCAGGAUCCGCCAUAAAGUGCCUGUCUUACACAUGCUUUCCAAGUGGCCGUACAGGGGAAGCCUGGAUCACAAUAGAGAAUCUUGUCAAAUAAACAGAACUCCAGCCGCUGCUUAUUGAAUUGGUGAUCAUUUACAUGAAAUAAGCCAAAUGGCAAAUGGUUUAAGUAAACUAGAAAAAUGGUCAGAGUUGUGGCAACUGACAUUUAAUGUUGAUAAGUGCAAUAUAAUGCAUCUUGGACGUAAAAACCCAAGGGCAGAGUGCAGAAUAUUUGAUAGAGUCCUAACCUCAACAAAUGAGGAAAGGGAUUUAGGGGUGAUUAUUUCUGAUGACUUAAAGGUAGGCAGACAAUGUAAUAGAGCAGCAGGAAAUGCUAGCAGAAUGCUUGGUUGUAUAGGGAG